UAUGUCGUCAUGACAAUGAAGUUGUAAAACUGGCUAUAACUUCACACAGAAAAGCGAGGAUCUGGGCCUGGAUGCUGUCUAUACCCUAUAGCCCACCUGAGGAUGGACCCAUGGGGCUUAGAGACAGAGAAACGGAGAUGCCCCCAAACACCCCUAAAGGGGAUAUUGUAGCUUGUGAGCAAGACCGAGCAUGUGGUAUGGGCCUCUCCUGUGACCGCCAUUUUGGCCUAUGUGUCCCCCUUAGGCAGGAAGGGCAAUACUGCAGGCGAGACGCUCAAUGUGUGCGAGGGCUCAGCUGCAUGUUUGGCAGGUGCAUCAGAAGCAUUCCACAUGGGCAGGAAGGGGCUCGGUGUAAACUUGACAGAGACUGUGGUGCAUCUAUGUGCUGUGCCCGUCAUCAUGGUGAAAGAGUGUGCAAGCGUCGGCUGGUUUUGGGUGAGAGCUGCUUUGUGCCUGAUGGUGGACUGGCAUUCAGCAUCAACCAAAUCUGUCCAUGUGAUGAGGGUCUGUUGUGCCGUGACCAUGGAGAACCACUUAAAAGAGAGAGAGAAUAUGUAUACCAACCAGAGUCCACCAGCUGGACCUGCCAGGCACCCAAACCAUGAAAACCUCAAAUCUGUAUAAUUUAUUAAGCUAUAGUGCUGUGUAAAUAUAUAUGAAGUGUCUG